CAUGGCUUCGUGAGGGAAUUCCACACGUGCAUCGCGUGUAGGUUCACAAAUACAGCACCAAUUGCCAGUUUGGUGAGACUGGUGAAGAACUGGGUGGAUCCUGGUGCUGAUUACAGCAGAACUGAUUCUGCUUAUGAUUUGGGACUACCUGCUGAACCAAGGCUAAUUCCUGUGUCCAAUCAAGUUGACCAAGCCCCACUGCUUGGUUCCACCAAGGACCUUCAGGAUACAUCAGGAGACUGUGAUAUGAUGAGUGGACAAAACUGGAAAGAGAAGAAAGGAGGAUUUGUGGAGUCUGCUGAGUUACCUGACAUCAGGGGGCUGAUGAACAAUGGCAAUACCUGUUUUUUCAAUGCCACUUUUCAAGCAUUGAGCCAGUGUCACACCCUGACACAAAUCUUGGAUUUGCACAUCCAAGGCCAGAAGGGGGUCACUAUUCCAGCUCCUGUUUGCAGGAAUACCAAUGAUGGUGGUGAUAAGCCAAGUAUUAGCUGUGAAGAUAAAUGUGGCAAUACCUUGGCAUCACUUUGUGAUUGGCAGACAAACAUUGCCUUUGAUUAUCAAUAUUGGCAUUCCUGCAAUGGCAAUCUCCUUGCAUUGGCAAGCAAUGCCCUGAGGCAAUUGUCUAUGGCAGCAGAGGCAUUGGGUUCAUUGAAAAUAGAUCUGCCAGAGUCUGAAGGACUACUCCAAGUUCUGGCCAGACAAGUUAAGCUGAUGCUGACGGCGUCGCCAUUACGGGGUCCAGUCAAUCCGUCUACGCUCUUUGUGCAACUGUGUCAAAGAGCGUGGGUGUUCCGAGGUGGGGACCAGCAUGACGCGCAAGAGCUCCUGCGCCAUCUAUUGGACCAAGUCCGAGUGGAGGAAUCAAAGAGAUACCAACAGGGUGUGACAGAGGCAUUGCAAAACUCAACCUUAUUUGAAGACCAUCAGGACAGUAAAAACCAAGUGAAAAUCAAAACAAGGGCUUACAUGCGGCGGGUGUCACAGAACACCAUUGCUGACUGGGUCUUUGGUGGCCAGUUUGUCAACACCAUUGUGUGUGAAGACUGCAACCAUACCACACAGAAAAUUGAGCCCUUCCUGGACAUUUCCUUGCCCAUUUAUGAUGAAAAGGUACUUCGCCAUUGGGGAGACCAAGACUGUGACUUGGACACUGACUCAGUCAACACUUGCUUCCCAUCAUCAUCAGGCAGGAAAAAGAGGGACAACAAUAAGGUUGCCAAAGGCAGAGGUGCUACUGGAAUCACAAGACCAAAGAGUAUCAGCCUCAAAGAGACUCAUUCCAACAAUAAGAAGUUGAAUUUGAGACGCAAAUCAAAGAGCCUUUGCUCACCUGACAAUAGCUCUUUGAGCUUCAUGGCUGACAUCCUGAUGGAGGAGUCUGUGAUGAUGACAGAUGCUUCUUCUGAGAAGGGCUUCAACAAUAAUGACUAUGAGGAUAAUGAAGAUGCUGUUUCCAUGAACUCUGUGCGCUCUGGAGCAUCUGAUGACUCAGGAAUGCUGAUGCCAACACCAGGAAAGUCCCCAGUUCCACCAGAGGACACCACCUGCACAGGUGCAACAUCCCAAAUGUCACAGAAUUCUCAAGACAGUGGUUGGGCAAGCAUGGAUGCCUCCAAUGCCAGCCCUGAUACUGCAUCUCUCAAUAAUGGAACUGCUGACCAAGGAACUUCCAAACUGCUAGAACAAAUCAAUGAAAAGAUGGUUGGAUUGUCUUUGUCAGAGGUGAAUGAAGACAAGGCUAGGAUUAUUUGGCUUGCUUCAUGCUUAGCCAGUGUUGGUCCCAGGAAACACUGGAAAUCUGGAGAGAACUUGAACAUAGAUGUGUUGUUGUCACAUUUCACUAGCCCUGAGGUCAUGUCUGGAUCAAACAAGGUGGUGUGCCAAAACUGCAACAAUAAAGAAUUUACAGAAGACAACUUCAGUGAUUAUGAUGAUGGACAGUCUGAAGUUUCAAUUGAAACCAACAAGAAGCUGCACUUAUCAAAUGCAAGUAGACAGGCCUUGAUUCUAAUUCCCCCAGCUGUCCUAACCCUGCAUUUGAAGCGCUUUGAGCAAACUGGAGCAUUCAGUUUAAGAAAAGUUACCAAACAAGUGGACUUCCCAUUUCUCCUGGACUUGUCCCCUUACUGUGCUGCUCCAUCUCAGGUACUUGGAAGAGAGACAAAAACCAAAGAAAGGUUCACAUACUCUCUGUUUGGUGUUGUGGAGCACUUGGGGUCCCUGAAGGCAGGUCACUAUGUGGCCUAUGUGAAAGUCAGACGCGCCCACACUUUGGAUGAAGUCAAAACCAUCCUCAACACAAAUGUGGACAUGGAUAUUGAAUCCCACUUCAAGAACUAUUUUGCUCAAUUGCAAUCAGAGUCAAUGAGUGACAGAGUCUCAUUAAUGGAGACUCAUACUGCUGCUGCUGAUGACAUACCUGGAGUAUGGUAUUAUGCUUCAGACAUCAUGCAAGCUGGGUUUGCAUUCAUGGAAGCUGGGGCUGUGAGAUCCAAGAACACUGUCAACAUCCUGAUAAAGAACCUUUUGGACAUGUGUAAGACAAAUUUUCUUAUCCACCUUUUAUUUCAAUAUACCAUGAUGGGAGGGAUUGCUUAUUGGCUGAUUGGAUUCCCUUUGGCAUUUGGUCAAGGCAAUGCCUUCAUGGGUUGGAGCUACUUUGCAAGUGUUGGUCUUCCUGACCGCAAGAUGGCGCAGUGGUUCUUUGACUUUGUCCAUGCUGCCACUGCUUCCACUUUGGUCUCUGGUUCCCUGGCUGAACGCUGCAACUUCUAUGCUUACCUUGCAUACAGUUUCCUCAUCACAGGAGUGAUUUACCCCAUCGUAUCCCACUGGACCUGGGCGCCCGAGGGCUGGUUGCGCCUGUCGCCAUUCAAGGACUACGCUGGCGGCGGCGUUGUGCACAUGACCGGCGGUGUUUGCUCCCUGGUGGGAGCGGCGCUCAUUGGCCCGCGCCUCAACAGGUUCCACUCGAAAACCGGCGAGCCACAAGACAUCCGCGGCCAUUCAGUGCCAUUGUUGGCACUUGGAGGCUUCAUCCUGCUGUUUGGCUUCAUGGCAUUCACAGCUGGUUUCCGUGGACACAUCUCAAGGCCUGGUGAUGGUGCUGUGGUGAGCAGGGCCAUUGUCAACUCACUUCUGGGUGCCUGUGGUGGAGGCACUGGAGCUUUACUGAGUCACAGAGCUGGCUGCUUUGGGGCUGUGCACACCUGGUCAUUCCUUAUGACCAUGAAUGGAGCUCUGGCUGGCAUGGUUGGUGUAUGUGCUGGAAGUGAUUCAUUCUUCCCAUGGGCAGCUUUGUUGGUUGGCACUGGGGCAGGAUUCACAUAUCUGUGCCUGCAUUUCCUGAUGCUGAAAGUGGAGAUUGAUGAUCCACUGGAUGCAGUUGCUGUACAUUUUGGUGGAGGAUUCUUUGGACUUCUGGCUGUGCCUUUUCUCAUGAGGGAUGGGAUUUGUUUCAACCCUUCCUAUGAAGCUGCAAUGCAUUCACAAGAUACAAAACGGUGUGGGGCGUGCGAAAAGGCACUCGCAGAAUUGGAGAAGAUUGACGAUGAAACGGACGAUUUCGGCGUCGAUUUUGUCAAGGUGGGCGACAAAAAGGUCGCCAAACAGCACGGAAUCACGACCUUCCCAGCCCUGCAAUAUUUUCGCAAUCAGGAGCCCAUCAUUUAUGAAGGCGAAUUCACUAAAAAUAGGGGUGACCUGAUGGACGAGGAAAAGGUGCUCGAGUUCCUCACGAGUCUGGACGCCAUGGACUUGCCCGACCAGAUCGAGGAGGUGAAUGCCGCCAUUCUGGAGAAGAUCGUGGAGGAGAACGAGUUCGUGGCGGUGCUC